AUUCCAAAUGUGGCAGCUUUUAGCAACAGCAUGCUGGGUGCUUCUCCUUGGACCUAUAUAUGGUUGUAAGAAAGGAAGCAUCACAAAUCCUGAAGCUAAUAUGAAUAUUAGCCAGAUUAUUUCUUACUGGGGUUAUCCUUGUGAAAAGUAUGAUGUUGUGACAAAGGAUGGCUAUAUCCUUGGAACUUAUAGGAUUCCUCAUGGAAGAAGAUGCCCAAGGAAAACUGCUCCAAAACCAGUUGUGUAUUUGCAGCAUGGCUUAAUUGCAUCUGCCAGUGACUGGAUCUGUAACCUCCCCAACAACAGCUUGGCUUUCCUUCUGGCAGAUAAUGGUUAUGAUGUAUGGAUGGGGAACAGCCGAGGAAACACCUGGUCCAGAAAGCAUCUGAAAUUGUCACCCAAGUCCUCAGAAUACUGGGCGUUUAGUUUGGAUGAAAUGGCUAAAUAUGACCUUCCAGCCACAAUCAAUCUAAUCAUAGAGAAAACUGGACAAGAGCAACUCUUCUAUGUGGGCCACUCUCAGGGCACCACCAUAGCUUUCAUUGCAUUCUCUACCAACCCAGAACUGGCUAAGCGAAUUAAGAUAUUUUUUGCACUGGCACCAGUUGUCACGGUGAAGUACACCCGAAGUCCUAUAAAAAAUUUAACAACUCUUUCCAGGCGAACCAUCAAGGCACUGUUUGGUGACAAAAUGUUCUCCCCUCACACAUUAAUGGAACAAUUUAUUGCCACCAAAAUGUGCAAUCGGAAGAUAUUCCAUCAUAUGUGCAGCAACUUCAUGUUCACUGUAACUGGAGUUGAUCUCCCAAACCUAAACAUGAGUCGCUUGGAUGUCUAUUUGGCACAGAGCCCCGCAGGAACAUCUGUUCAGAACAUGCUGCACUGGGCCCAGGCAGUUAAUUCUGGUCAGUUUCAAGCCUUUGACUGGGGACAGCCUGAUCAGAACAUGAUGCACUUCCAUCAGCUCAUACCUCCUUUAUACAACGUUACUGAGAUGGAAGUUCCAACGGCCAUUUGGAGUGGUGGACAGGAUAUUUUGGCUGAUCCCAAGGACGUUGAAGAUUUGCUACCUAAAAUUGCCAACCUCAUUUAUUACAAGGCGAUCCCAUACUACAAUCAUAUGGAUUUUUAUCUUGGACAGGAUGCUCCCCAGGAAAUUUACCAAGACUUAAUUAAAUUGAUGGAGGAAUGUUUACAAAACAAAACACACUUUUUUCUCUAAACACAUGGAUUUCUUGUAAUAGUAAUGAGGUGUGCUGACCCUAAGGUGAUUUCCCAGUGACUUUCACCAUCUGAUGUCCCCUCCCUUUGAGUGUGAAUGGGAUCUGAGUCUUCCAUCUAGCCAAGAGAAUUGGCAAAGAUGUCACACCUUUGGUUAGGUUAUACCAAGUAACACAGGUUGAUGGGAUGUAAUUCCAUAAUUACAUUGCAUUGUAUGUGAAUCUAUCUAAGCAGACCCGAAUAAGAGAAUCUUCCUGUUGGUUUGAUGAAAUGAAGAGAUAUGUUGAGAAAACCACAUUGCUAGAACAGCAUGUGGCUUCUAAGACCUGAGAGUGACCUCCAUUGGAUAACUAGCAAAAAAACGGACCCAUAGUCAUAUGGCCACAAGAAAUUGAUUGUGCCUAAAACCUGUUGCUAGUUGGAAGCCUGUUCUUGCAUAACAAAGCCUCCUACUGAGAGACCAACCUUGAUUGCAGCCUGUGAAAUCCUGGGCAGACAACCCAGCUACACUAUGCCUAGACUCCUCACCCACAGAAACAGUGAAAUAAUAAAUAUGUGGUUCUAAAUUG